AUGAAUUGUGAUUUAUUAAUCUAUCAUGUAUUAUUAACAUUAAAACCUUUUCAAGCAAAACCAUUUGAAUUAGUUGUUGAUUUUACUCAUACUUGUACUGAUAAUCGUUUUAAAACUGAUUAUUUAUCAAAAUGGUUUAUUUGUAUGCCUGAUUGUUUUUAUUAUAAUCUUCAAGCAUGUUAUAUCUAUAAUUGUAAUUCAUGGGUACGAGAAUAUACAAAAUAUCAUGAUAGAAUUUUAUCAACAAUAAAAAGUUCAAGAAAAUUAAUAUUUCUUGAUCAUAUAUCACGUCUAAAUGAUUUUAUUGAACUUGAUCAACAAAAAUUACCUGGACAUACAUUAUCACUUGAAGAAGAUCUUAAAGCAUUUAAUAAUGCAUUAAAAUUAUCUCAUAAAGAUACAAAAGUUGCAAUUAAAGUUGGUCCACAAGCUAUACAAGUAACAUCAAGUGAAAAAACAAAAGUUCUUGGUCAUAGUGUUUUACUUAAUGAUGUUUAUUAUGCAUCAGAAAUUGAAGAAGUUUGUCUUGUUGAUGAUAAUCAAUUUACAUU